AUAUACAUUUUGAGAAUUCCAAGGGUUUGGAGAAUAAGUUCUAAAGUUUCAAGUUCCAGUUUACCAAGGGGCCAUUGGAGGAUAAUCCUGCUGUUACCUUCAUUGCCUUUGGGGACUAGUUCUAGGCUCGAAAUAUAAGGUCACUCGAGUCCAAUUGAACUAAGGUGGGUGAGAGAUACCUCGAAUUAUAAAAAAAAAAAAUUACAUUCGGAGAUUCAAUUAAUUCCAUAAUCCAGAUGUUGGAGCUAAUUGGAAUCUUAGUACCAUUGGUACUUUUCAAUGUUGAUGUUGGAGCAGUGGAUGUUACCAGUUUGCCACCAUGUAAUUUUCCAGCAAUUUACAACUUUGGUGACUCGAACUCAGCUGCAUUACAUAAAAAUCCUGCAGCCGGACGUCUUCUCAUAGAAUACAUGGCGGAUUAUUUGAAACUGCCAUAUGUGAGUGCAUACCAAAAUUCAACUGAAACAAAAUUUCAGUAUGGCGCCAACUUUGCAAGUUCUGGUGCAUCCAUUAGGCCCCAACAUGGUCGUCCUGGUGGUAAUUUCGUCCAUCUUAAAAUUCAAGUCCAACAAUUUGGUGAGCUCAAAGCACGAAGCUCAAGCAAUCAAGGCACAAAUGGACUCUUCAAACCUGUGGAUUUCUCCAAGGCUCUUUACACUCUUGAUAUCGGUCAAAAUGAUCUUGCCAUGUCUUUUCAAGAUAAACUUGAUGUUCGAGCUCAAAUUCCAGAUGUAAUUAACCAAUUUACUACAGCAGUCAAAGUAAGUUGCACUCCCUUUAAAUCAAAACUGGAAUUGAAAAAAAAAUGUAUUUGAUUUGAG